GCGGUGGUGGCAGCACCUGCUCGGAUCUGGCCGGGCGCCGCCGUCCGGAGCGACCCGCCCCGCGCAGAGCGAGUCCGCCGGGCGCCGGGGACUCGGGCCGGGAGCCCCUUCCCAAGGGCGCGCCCGCCGCGCCCGCCCCGCCCCACCCACUCCUGCGCCCGCGCCCGGCGCCGCUUGGCUCUGGGUGGUUCCUGUCCUCCCGCGGGUCCGAGGGCGCCGGAAGCCCAGCGGCGGCGAAGCGGAGAGGAGUCCCGCGCGUCCCGGCUCGCACGGCUCCGGGUCCGGGCUCUGGGCUGCAGCCGCACGGGGAGAGGCCGCCUCUGCGCCCGCCGCGCCCGCUCCGACCGUCCGAGUGCGCGGCACCGGCCAUGGGCUCCCGCCCGCGCUCGCCGCCCCGGGCGCUGCCGUCGCCGCGGCUGCUGCUGCUGCUGUGUCUGCUGCCAGGGGCCGGGGCCUCGGAGGCUGAGCACCGACUCUUCGAGCGGCUGUUUGAAGAUUACAAUGAGAUCAUCCGGCCUGUGGCCAACGUGUCCGACCCGGUCAUCAUCCAUUUCGAGGUGUCCAUGUCUCAGCUGGUGAAGGUGGAUGAAGUAAACCAGAUCAUGGAGACCAACCUGUGGCUCAAGCAGAUCUGGAAUGACUACAAGCUGAAGUGGAACCCCUCGGACUACGGGGGAGCGGAGUUCAUGCGUGUCCCUGCCCAGAAGAUCUGGAAGCCCGACAUUGUGCUGUAUAACAAUGCCGUUGGGGAUUUCCAGGUGGAUGACAAGACCAAAGCCUUACUCAAGUACACUGGGGAGGUGACGUGGAUACCUCCGGCCAUCUUCAAGAGCUCCUGCAAAAUUGACGUGACCUACUUCCCGUUUGAUUACCAGAACUGCACCAUGAAGUUCGGUUCCUGGUCGUACGACAAGGCGAAGAUCGACCUGGUCCUGAUCGGCUCCUCCAUGAACCUCAAGGACUACUGGGAGAGCGGCGAGUGGGCCAUCAUCAACGCCCCGGGCUACAAGCACGACAUCAAGUACAACUGCUGCGAGGAGAUCUACCCCGACAUCACGUACUCGCUGUACAUCCGGCGGCUGCCGCUCUUCUACACCAUCAACCUCAUCAUCCCCUGCCUGCUCAUCUCCUUCCUCACGGUGCUCGUCUUCUACCUGCCCUCCGACUGCGGCGAGAAGGUGACGCUGUGCAUCUCGGUCCUCCUCUCCCUGACGGUGUUUCUCCUGGUCAUCACUGAGACCAUCCCGUCCACCUCGCUCGUCAUCCCCCUGAUCGGAGAGUACCUCCUGUUCACCAUGAUCUUCGUCACCUUGUCCAUCGUCAUCACCGUCUUCGUGCUGAACGUGCACUACCGAACCCCGACGACACACACGAUGCCGUCCUGGGUGAAGACCGUGUUCCUGAACCUGCUCCCCAGGGUCAUGUUCAUGGCCAGGCCGAGCAGCAGCGAGGGCGGCGCGCGGAAGCCGAGGCCCCUGUACGGCGCCGAGCUCUCAAAUCUGAAUUGCUUCAGCCGCGCAGAAGGCAAAGGCUGCAAAGACGGCCCCCCCUGCCGGGACGGGGUGUGCGGCCGCUGCCGCCACCGCAGGAUCAAAAUCUCCAAUUUCAGUGCCAACCUCACGAGAAGCUCCAGUUCCGAAUCGGUGGACGCUGUGCUGUCGAUCUCUGCUUUGUCACCAGAGAUCAGAGAAGCCAUCCAAAGUGUCAAGUACAUUGCUGAAAAUAUGAAGGCCCAAAACGAAGCCAAAGAGAUUCAAGAUGAUUGGAAGUACGUUGCCAUGGUGAUUGAUCGCAUUUUUCUGUGGGUUUUCACCCUGGUGUGCAUUCUAGGGACAGCCGGGUUGUUUCUGCAACCCCUGAUGGCGAGGGAAGACGCGUAAGCACUGAGCUGUGUGCCCGCCUGCGAGACUUCCUCGCGUCCCUCCAGGAGGAGGCUGCUUCUCAGUAGGAAUGUGCUUUCUGUUUUCAUGCCACCGGCUUUGUUUACGGCGUUUCAAGGUGUACUUAUUUUCCAGUUGUCUUGGUUUUCGUCAAAAAAAGAAUCAUGCAGAAAAAAUGUCAAGAGUAUUUAUUAUGGAUAAAUGAACAUUUAGCCUUCUUAGUAUGGUAAAGAGAUGUCAAAAUGUGAUUAUUCUACGUGAUGUCGUAUGCUGUGCUGUGGAACAUACAUAUAAAAGUUUCCUUUUUUUAGUUGUUGAGACAUAACUGGAUAGAAAAAUGCUGUUCAGAAAUAUGAAAAGUCAUUCACUUCAGUAUCACUACAGAUCGCCCGGUGAUUCUUCUUAGUUAGCUCAUAAUCUCUUUGGAGUUUUAUACUAACUCAGCAAUCCUACACUGUUACCCAUUUCUUACAAUGCACUUCUCAUUCUUUACUGGAUCUAAAGGCUGUGCUUCCAUUUCAGAGAGCUUCAGCUAUUUCUCUUGCAUAAUUCUAAAUUAUACAAUGAGAAAUCAUGCCUAGUUGUUCAUUAUUAAUAAAUUGUCUUAGUAUACCGUAAACUGGGUGGCUUAUAAACAACAGAAAUUUAUUUCUGAGUUUGGGACGUUGGGAGGUCCGAAGGCAAGGCAUCAGUAAAUUUGGUGUCUGGUGAGGCUCCUCUUCCCCAGAGGGUGCCUUCUGGCUGUGUCCUCACAUGACUGAAGGAACUAGCUGGCUCUGUGGGGUCUAUUUUACAAGGGCACUAACCUCAUUCAUGAGGGCAGAGCCCUCAUGGCCUAAACACCUCUCCAAGGCCCCACCUCCUACCUAAGACAAUCACUCUGGAUUAGGUUUCAACAUACGAAUUUGGAGAGGACACAUUCAGACCAUAGCAUGGACCUUUAGAACAGGGGUUCUCAGCCUUAGCACUAUGGACAUUUUGGGCUGGAUAAGUACGUGUUGGGACAAAGUGGGGGUAUCCUAGCAGUACCAUGGCCUCAACCCACUAGAAGCCAAUAACAUACCCUACUUCUUCACCAGUUAUGAUAACCAAGAAUGUCUCCAUUGUUAAAUGGAGGCAUAUCUGCCCAUGGUUGAGAAACAUUGCUUUAGACAAAUUAUUAAGAAAGAAUAUCACAUACUAUGCUUCUGAAUCUUAACAUGAUCAUUGUCACUGACAGAUGAUUCACAGAGACUGUUUGAAUCUUGUCUCACUAGUUAUGUUUUUCCCAUACAAAAAUAAAAUGGACAGAAUUGCA